CCAUCUAACGUCUGGCAUUCCUGGAUUUUCGUUUCUGUCUGUUGUGCGAGGCAUUUUGUCCUUCUUAAUUAGUGUUUUAUCAGUAUUUAAAAUAAAAUUUUCACACGUAUUUCGCGAUGUAUCAAUCGCGUUGUGUUGAAUGGUGGUAGAACAAUUGUGUUUUAUUUAAAUAAAUAUAUAUAAAAGAAAUGUUUUUGAGAAGGAUGAGUUAACCGUGGAGUGCGUGAAAGCAGCGGUCAACCUCCGAGCCAAGAUCAUUGCGAGAGAAAAAGAGUGUUAUAUCGUUAUUAAAGCAAUUUUGCUUCGUUUAGAGUUAAAUAGUGCGUUAAAAUAAAUUAAAAAGGGGGGCAUGAGUGCACCUGCGAUAAAAUCAUCAAUGCCUGGAGUAGGUGCAUCCCCGUCGUCCGCAGGCCAUUCAGUGUUGCCAAUGAACAUGAUGGCCCAAAAAGUCGUGCCAGGAACCGAGUCCAACAGUGGAAUGAAACCAUUGAACACCAGUGGUUUGAGUUACGUCACUCUACAACCGCCAAAUCAUCCGCAACAGCCCCUGAGCCUUGUGCAAGAUCACAGGCCACCAGUGUAUCAAGCACAACCCUCAACUUACACCACCAAUAAUGCGGAAAAGGAAACCGACUCCGACAAGGUCAUUGCCAAUGGCGUCGAGUCCAGUAAAGUCCAAACCGAGCAAGAACAAAAUUGUCCCAUUAAAUCGAGCGAGCCCAGCCGAAAUAACAACAUGAGUCCCGAAACUCCCAGUCAGGAGCAACAAACUCAAGACAAGAAGCAACUUGAGUCACAGUCCGAGGCGGAGACUGCCGUCAAACCGGAAACAACUCCAGUUGUGGGCGCUUCACCGCAGAGUAAAAUCGAUGAGAAGAAAUCGCCAAUUAAUAAUGGCUCGAAGGAAACGGAAGUUGCAGCGGCAGCAGGAGGAGCAACAACAACAACAUUAACACCGGGCUCGUCACCAAGUAAAACAGUGCCAACGCAAAAAACAGAGGAAUCACCGGCAAAAAGUGAAACGCAAAAACCAAAAGUUCCAUCGCCGGUUGCCAAGCCAAGCGCCACUGAAAGUACAGUGACGACUUUGCCGAAAUUGGAAACAAAAGUCGCAAGUACGACGAGGGCCACAAAACGAAAACCCAAAGAGCUCAAGGAUUUGAAAAGUGCAACGGCCAGUGGCAGUGGUGGAGGUGGUCCAAAGCCGAAGAGAAAUCGCAUAAAAACACAACCCUAUCAGAGUCCAUUGCCCGAAAUUGCGAUGAUUGUCAAAACACUUAAUAAACCUGUCUCAACCAAAGCUCCGGACGACAAGCUCAUCGUUUUCUACAAAAACGAAUUUCUCGCUGUAAGAAAUACGGAAGGCAGUUUCUUCGUUUGUCAGGCUAUGCAAAAUAUUUACAAAAGCAGUAAGCGCAUUCGCAUUCGUUGGCUCUCACAAGAUAAAAAUAACGGGGAAAUUUAUUCUCCCGAUUUUUACGAUCACACAGAUUUCGACUGCAUAUUGACAAACUUAAAUCUCAAUAAGGUCGAGAAAAAUAAAUAUCAACUCACUAAACUUGAGCUACUGCGAACUGAGAAUAUUUUAAAGAGGGCGAUUGACGUUGAAGCUGGUGUUUCGGAGAAGCCUCGAGUUACUGAGGAACAUCCCGAUGGACUGGAUCUUUCGCUCUUCAAAGACGAGUCACAAUUGAAGAAAAGAAAAAGUGGCGGCGGCAGCGGAGGCGGUUCAAAACAAAAACGUCAACGCAAGAAGGGGAAACGUGAAUCGAGCGACUCGGAAGAUGACGACUCUGAAGAAGAUUCCGAUGACGAUGACAAUGAAGACAACGACGACGACGAUGAUGAUGAUGACGAUGAUGAUAAUGAUGAGAAACCCGAACCAAAAGCAAACGCUACUAAAAAACGAUCGAACAAUAAGGCAUUGGCCAUUGCAAAAUCAAUGGCCAAAGGACCAAGUAGAAAAGAGCGGGCAAUGAAUAGAAGCAAUAAAAUCGCCGCCGAGGAGGCAAGUAGUUCUUCAUCGCCCGGCAAAUCGGACAGUGCUUCUAAAAAAUCUGUGGAGGUGAAAAAAGACGAUCCAAAAAAAGUUAAUAAGCCCCAAAGCAACAAUACCAGCGGGGUUUCAAAAGCAAAGGCCCGUGGUGGUGCCAUGCAAAAAGUGCAAGAAAGCAAAAGUACCACGAGCCGCCCUAAACGAGUAUUGGCCGCGACAACGGGCGUUCAACCAAACACAGAAGAAGCAUCCUCGCGCAAGAAAUCACGUGGCCGAGCAUAAGACGAUACGUUACCUAUCCUCUUGCGUUUUACAUACAACAGUGUCUGCAUCGUAGGAAAUAUGUACACGUGGUAUGAACAAUUUAAGCAAAUGAAAAAAAAAAAAGUAAAAAUGGAAACAGAACAAAAAAAUUCUGUUUGCUAAAAGAAGCAAACAGAACUUUAACAAUUAAUUGUGAAUGCAUUGAUAA